AUGGCUCCUCCCUUUGUUUUCCCUCAAAUUCUGCGAGCCCUAGAAGAAGAUCCGGAAGAUAAUCAUCGAUUGUUCGCUCAGAAUACCGUCGAUGUGACCUCUCUUCGCCCUUCUGAUCUCGAAGAGUUCGUCAAAGGUGUAUCCUUUGACCUAUCUGAUAGAGAACUCUUCUGCAUUGAAGAUCAAGACGUUUUUGAUCGUGUCUACUCUUUGAUCAGGAGCUUCUAUAGUCUUCCUCCAUCUUGCAAGUGUAAUCUUGUAGAAAGCCUCCGGUCCAAUCUAAGUGUUCUUCUUCCCAAUGUCGAUUCGAUCUCCCGAUCUGUGCCAGAUCAGGAUGAUGAAGUUCCAAUCAUUGAUAGGAUCACAUCACAUCGCAAUGCCUUGAAAAUAUACACUUACUUUCUCCUCACUAUUAUCACGACUGAGGAAACACACAUCAGCUCAGUCGAUAGCACAAAGGUCCCAGCACGAGGGAGGAAAAAGCAAAUCAUCCAGUCAUGGAACUGGGAACCUCAGAGGGGCAGGAUGCUCAAUUUGAUUGCAAAUUCUCUUGAGAUCAACCUAUCCUUGCUCUUUGGAUCACCAGACCUUGAUGAAAACUACCUGUCUUUCAUUGCCAAGAACUCGUUCUCUCUUUUUGAGAAUGCUGCAAUCUUAAAAGAUGCUGAAGCAAAAGAUGCCCUGUGCCGCAUCAUAGGGGCAGCUGCUACAAAGUACCGUUACAUUGUGCAGUCAUGUGCCUCAGUCAUGCACUUGAUACACAAGUAUGAUUUUGCUGUUGUACACGUUGCUGAUGCAGUUGCUAGAGCUGAAAGUAAGUAUUCAGAUGGAACCUUGGCCGUGACAAUCAUUAGAGAUAUUGGGAGGACUGACCCAAAAGCCUAUGUUAAAGAUACAGCUGGGGCCGAUAAUGUGGGACGUUUCUUGGUCGAGCUUGCUGAUCGUUUGCCAAAACUAAUGUCGACAAAUGUUGGAGUUUUGGUCCCUCAUUUUGGUGGUGAAUCAUACAAGAUAAGAAAUGCAUUAGUUGGUGUUCUUGGAAAGUUAGUUGCAAAAGCUUUUACUGAUGCCGAGGGAGAAGUGGGUACCAAGUCUCUUCGUCUGCGAACUAAGCAAGCAAUGUUGGAAAUUUUGCUCGAACGGUGUAGAGAUGUUUCAGCCUAUACAAGGAGCCGGGUUCUUCAGGUUUGGGCUGAACUGUGUGAAGAGCAUUCUGUUUCGAUUGGCCUAUGGAACGAGGUUGCGUCAAUAUCUGCUGGAAGACUGGAAGAUAAGAGUGCAAUAGUUAGAAAAUCUGCAUUGAAUUUACUGAUCACGAUGUUGCAACAUAACCCCUUUGGUCCACAGCUUCGGAUUGCUUCAUUUGAAGCAACCCUGGAGCAGUAUAAAAGAAAGCUGAACGAACUUGAACCAAGCCUCCCUACUGAGCACUCAUCAAAAGAACCAACUUCAGAUGGGGACUCCUGUAAUGGCGAUGGUGAAAUCGAUGACUUGCAUCUUGAAGUUACAAAUAAGACGCAUCAAGAUAGCCUGCCUGAUAGCUGCCAGCCAGAUAUUGGGGAAGAAAUCAGUGAGAAAGAUGUUUCUGUUCCAGAUAUUGGUAACCUUGAGCAGACCAAGGCCUUGAUUGCUUCUCUUGAGGCUGGGCUGAGGUUCUCAAAGUGCAUGUCAGAUAGUAUGCCGAUCCUCGUUCAAUUAAUGGCUUCAUCUUCUGCCAGUGAUGUUGAGAAUGCUAUUCUCUUGUUAAUGAGGUGUAAGCAGUUCCAAAUUGAUGGUGCAGAAGCUUGUCUACGUAAAAUUCUGCCUCUGGCCUUUUCUCAGGAUAAGUCCAUCUAUGAGGCAGUGGAGAAUGCCUUCAUCUCAAUCUACAUAAGGAAAAAUCCAGUUGACACGGCGAAACAGCUCUUGAACCUUGCCAUAGAAUCGAAUAUAGGAGAUCAAGCAGCACUAGAGUUUAUUGUUAAUGCUUUAGUGUCAAAAGGUGAAAUAUCUAGCAGCACGACUUCGGCUCUAUGGGACUUCUUUUGCUUUAACAUCAAUGGGACAACUGCAGAGCAGAGUCGUGGGGCUCUAUCUGUACUUUGCAUGGCUGCAAAGUCGUCCUCUAGGAUUCUCGGAUCACACAUACAGGAUAUUAUUGAUAUUGGGUUUGGCCGUUGGGCAAAAGUGGAUCCUCUACUUGCCAGAACUGCAUGCACUGCUAUUCAGCGGCUUUCCGAGGAAGAUAGGAAGAAAUUAUUGCUCAGCAGUGGCAGCCGAUUGUUUGGUAUUCUUGAAAGCUUGAUUGCUGGGAACUGGCUUCCAGAGAACAUAUUUUAUACUACUGCCGAUAAAGCCAUAAGUGCGAUAUACAUGAUCCACCCAACUCCAGAAACCUUGGCUUCUACUAUUAUUAAGAAGUCCCUGGGCACCGUGUUUGAUGUAGUUGGACAAGAUCAGGCGCAGAACGAUACCGAGGAUAAUAAUGUCGAUAUUCUGACUACAGUUCAAGUAGCAAAACUCAGUAGAUUCUUGUUCGUUGUCAGUCACAUUGCUAUGAAUCAGUUGGUGUAUAUAGAAUCCUGCAUCCAGAAGAUCCGGAGACAGAAGACUAAAAAGGACAAAGCGGCUGCUGAAAGUCAGAAUACAGACGAAAACCUUGAGGCCACACAACAGAACAAUAGCAUAAAUGCUGAGUUAGGACUUGCUGCCUCUGAUGAUGCACUGCUUGAUACACUAGCUGAAAGAGCAGAGAGAGAAAUUGUUUCUACUGGUUCUGGCGAGAAGAAUCUGAUUGGGGAUUGUGCAACUUUUCUCUCAAAGCUUUGCAGAAAUUUUUCUCUGCUGCAAAAGCAUCCAGAACUACAAGCUUCCGCAAUGCUUGCAUUAUGCAGGUGUAUGAUUAUUGAUGCAAGUUUCUGCGAAUCCAAUCUCCAGCUUCUCUUCACAGUUGUUGAAAAUGCACCGUCUGACGUUGUCCGGUCAAAUUGCACCCUUUCCCUUGGAGAUUUGGCAGUUCGUUUUCCAAAUCUUUUAGAACCAUGGACAGAAAAUAUGUACGCCAGGUUACGGGAUGCUUCAGUUUCUGUCAGGAAAAAUGCUGUCUUGGUCCUUUCACACCUUAUAUUGAACGAUAUGAUGAAGGUGAAAGGGCAUAUUAAUGAAAUGGCUAUAUGUAUAGAAGACGAUGUGGAGAGGAUCUCUAGUCUCGCAAAACUAUUUUUCCAUGAACUGUCUAAGAAAGGAUCGAAUCCCAUAUACAAUCUACUUCCUGAUAUACUUGGGCAGUUAUCCAACCGGAAUUUGAAGAGGGAAUCAUUCUGUAAUGUCAUGCAGUUCUUGAUCGGUUCCAUUAAAAAGGACAAACAAAUGGAGGCUCUGGUUGAGAAGCUUUGCAAUAGAUUUAGCGGAGUCACAGAUGGAAAACAGUGGGAAUACAUUUCGUAUUCUCUUUCUCUGCUGACAUUCACAGAAAAGGGAAUCAAAAAGCUUAUAGAGUCAUUCAAGUCUUACGAGCAUGCUUUAGCAGAGGAUUUAGUGACGGAAAACUUUAGAAGCAUAAUCAACAAGGGAAAGAAGUUUGCGAAACCAGAACUCAAAGCUUGCAUCGAAGAGUUUGAGGAGAAGGUCAACAAGUUCCACAUGGAAAAGAAAGAGCAAGAAGAAACCGCAAGAAACGCCCAGGUUCAUAUUGAGAAAGCCAAAAACAUGGAAUCUCUUGUUGUCACCAGCAAAGUAAAAGAAGAACUUGUAGAAGAAUAUGAUGAAGAUGAAGAUGAAGACAGUGAAAUUGUGGAUCCAUCAAUGGAAGAAGCAGGCGAUGUUUCGGUUGCAUCUGGCUCCGAGGGAGAGCCAUCUGAGUCCGAGGGAGAGGCAUCUGACUCCGAGGGCGUGGCGUCUGACUCCGAGGAAGAGCCACAUUCUGAGCAAUGUGGUACCACCAAUCCUCAUUCCUUGAAUCAGAAGACUAGUGGCGGGGAAGAAGGCGAAUCAGGGAGCAAGAGAAGAAGCAACAUUAAGAGAGGAGACCGUACAGAGUCAUCGAGCAGCAUCAGGAGAAACCUGAGGUCUGCACGAGAAGUGAGAAUUGUCUCCGUCGCCGCCAUUAUCUCGUCGGCAAAUAUCUCAGACGAGAAACCGACGCCGGAGAAGAAGCUUUUAUUCUCUCUCUCUCUCUCUCUCUCUCUCUCAUCUACCGAAAUGGUGGCAUCUUCUCUAUCACUUCACUCUUCCUUCGUACCUUCCUUCGCUGAUCUCUCCGAUCGAGGUUUGUUCAGUAAGAACGCUCCGACCAGUGUUUCCAUUUCCAAGGUUCCAGCUUGGGAGAAGAAGCAGAUCUCGAAUCGGAACCUUCUCAAGCUAAAUUGCGUGAUGGAGAAGAGUAUCGAUGGACAAACUCAUUCUGCUGUUACCACUACCACAGAUUGCUUAAACGCUAUUGAAUUCAAAGAAGAAGCUAGUGUUUCUACAUUACUGGUGAAUUCGGAUAAUAAAUUUGAUCCCUUUGAUGCAAUGAGCACUCCGCUUUACCAGACGGCUACAUUUAAGCAGCCUUCUGCUAUAGAAAAUGGACCAUAUGAUUAUACAAGAAGUGGAAAUCCUACACGGGAUGCGUUGGAAAGUCUCCUUGCGAAGCUUGACAAGGCAGAUAGAGCAUUUUGCUUCACUAGUGGAAUGGCUGCUCUUUCUGCUGUUACACACCUUCUCAAAAAUGGGGAAGAAAUUGUUGCUGGAGAUGAUGUGUAUGGUGGCUCGGACAGAUUACUAUCCCAAGUAGUUCCAAGAUCUGGCGUUUUGGUAAAACGAGUAAACACAACUAAUUUAGAGGAGGUUGCUGCUGCUUUUGGUCCCCGGACAAAGCUUGUGUGGCUUGAGUCUCCAACCAAUCCAAGACAACAAAUUUCCGAUAUACGAAAAAUAGCUGAGAUGGCUCAUGCUCAUGGUGCUCUUGUGUUGGUGGACAACAGUAUUAUGUCACCGGUGCUCUCUCUGCCAUUAGAACUUGGAGCCGACAUUGUGAUGCACUCGGCUACCAAGUUUAUAGCCGGACACAGUGAUGUGAUGGCGGGUGUGCUUGCUGUAAAAGGCGAAAAAUUGGCAAAGGAGUUGUAUUUCCUCCAAAACUCAGAAGGUUCUGGAUUAGCUCCUUUCGACUGCUGGCUUUGCCUAAGAGGAAUCAAGACAAUGGCUUUACGUAUAGAAAAGCAACAGGAAAACGCACGGAAAAUUGCAUUGUACUUGUCUUCUAACCCAAGAGUGAAAAAAGUGUACUAUGCCGGUCUACCAGAUCAUCCUGGUCACCAUCUCCACUUCUCUCAGGCAAAGGGUGCAGGAUCAGUUUUUAGCUUUAUAACAGGAUCAGUUGCGCUAUCAAAGCAUCUUGUAGAAACCACCAAAUACUUCAGCAUUGCUGUCAGUUUUGGGAGUGUUAAGUCACUUAUAAGCAUGCCAUGCUUCAUGUCACAUGCAAGCAUACCUGCAGAAGUCCGUGAGGCCAGAGGCUUGACGGAAGAUCUUGUCCGUAUAUCUGCAGGCAUUGAAGAUGCUGAUGAUUUGAUCUCUGAUCUUGACAAUGCCUUUAAAACCGGACCUCUCUAG